CAAAAUACCGAGAUCUGGAAUUACCAAAAAGAAAGAGGAGUCCUAUGCGAUUGACCACUACAAAUCCACACCGCAGGCUACAUCAUUUCCUAGGCCAUCUUCACUAACUCGAGAACAUGACGGCCUCGCAAAAUAUCCCGGUGUCGUCUAGCGAGGCGUCGAUUGAGCAUCUUGACCUGGACCACUACAGCAGUUUCGUUCGCGCGAUAUCAAAUAUUCUAUCGACAGAGAUAGCCGAGGCCACAAUAACUCAGCUCGCAGAUGGGCUUCCCACGAGAGCCAUGUACAGCGAGGCUCGUGGCUCGUUUCCACACCGAGACCAUCCCAUCCUAAAGCACACCGAGCUUUGUGAGGGUGCCUCUGCCAAGGCGAAAGAAUUUCUUGUGGCUUUCGAUCCGAUGAUACUGCGAUUUGAUGCUACACUACUUCAGGCAUAUCAGGAUACCUCCCCAGGCAGUCGUCAGUUUGGUAUCCGGCUCAUCGAAAUGACUGCUGUUGCUAUCCAUCAGAUUGCGGUUGCACUUUACCAGCUCGAUGAGAAGGCUCACCGAGGUGAUAUCGACAGUGUCAUGAACUGGGUCGCUCCCAUUGAACAAUACGAGCUUCACGGCCGGUGGGAAACCAAGCCACACUUCCCACCCAGACCGUCGCUCUUUUUUCACCCUGACUACCUGGACCACCACCAGUAUCCCUCUGGCACCGCUGACGUCGCCGGGUACUGGGCUGAAGACCGGAUCUUUGGAGGAGUUGUGCUUUUUGACCGCGGGAAAUCCGACAUGGAGGCGAAAGAGGUAUACUUCCAUUCUGGAAGAAGAAGACAGACACACAGGGUAUGGUUGCUACUCGAACCGCAACUAGAGUCCCUCAUUUCCUUCCUUCUCGACGAAUCCGGCCGGGUCGAGUCCCCAUUGCCCAUUUUUGUCGACGAGAAGAGCCGUAAGCGCUUCGAUGCCUGGGACGCAAUGGCAUUCCACCAUAUCUUUCGUGACCGGUGGGAGCGCUCUAUCCCUGACAUAAAGGACGAAUCGAGCAUUCGAUACAACACCGGCGAUUACCCAGAGCUGCAAGACGUUUUCGACAAACUCGCCGCCGGCCCAUCAUAUGAUGUGCCGGGCAGGUUUGACCCAUUGUCCACUAAUAUAGAGAAGCACGCGAAAGAAACAGAGGGGAGCGGUCCAGACGCUCCAGCAGGUCCUGCCGCCCAGCCCAGCGAAACAGCAGAUCAUCCCGGCUCACUUACUACCAGGUCAACCACCGAGGAUGAUAUAAUGCGAUUAUUCGGCGAAACGAAGGAGGCCUUCCUCGCCCGUCAGGCCUCAUUUAUCAACGGGCCAUCUUAUGACGAGCUAAUGCAGAACUUCCUAAACGAACCAGAUGAGGGUGGCCCGGGAGCUUCGGCAGAUCUUGCCAACCAGAGGCGUGAAACUUCCUGAGCUGGCAGAGAAGGAAAGUGCUCGUGGAUACCGGAGGUCGUCUACCAAACAGGGUCAUGGCAGGGCACUCCUAGAUCCUGGGCAUGGGAACUACGCCCCUGACUCAACCUCGUCUAACUGCAUCAAAAUAAUGCAUAUUAUUGCUGAUCUCAGGGCUAAUGGCAAUCUGAAUUACUCCUUGUGCCCGACGUAUCAAAUAUUGUAGACGAUGAGACCUGCUGUGAAUCCAGAGAGCGGCGAGAAAUCACG